AUGCAUUCAAUACGGCGGAAUUUUCGUGCGGCGCUCCUCGACAGCAGCCAGAUAGCUUUCCUUGCCAAUGGCUCGCGGCGCGCCUUCUCGCGAAGUACCGCCCUUCACCGCGGCGCACUCCCUGUCUUCGUCGAAGCCUCGUCGCCCGAGCUCUCGCAGCUUCUCUCUACGCUGAACUCCAAAGUGCUUCUUCCUCAUCACCUCACGCCGGAGCAAGAGAAGCUCGUCUUCAAGCCCGAGAAUCGCGCAAAGCUCGAGCAGGAGCCCAUCGAGAUUACUCUCGGCGACGUCACGCUCCCCCUCGAACACCUCGACCGUAACAAGGACAUUCCUGCCUACAAGGUCCACCUCCGCACCAUCGUCAAGGCGAGCAAGACGCCUGAGGACUGGGAAAAUGUUGUGCGCGCCUUAGAAGGCUACGCCAAUGCCGGCUUGCGUCUGCGAGCGGAGCAAAUGGCCAUGGUUGUGCGACUUCUGAACAGGGCGGGCCUGCAGCAUCUAGUUCUGAAGUUGGUCCAGAGGGCCAAGGCGACAGGCUUGAGGCUGAGGAACUUCGACCUCAUCAUCGCCGUGCUGCGCAGUGCAAGGGACAAGGCGUGGCAAGCGGGCUGGGAGAAGGAGGACCUCAAGAAGGCCCUGAGCAUGGCCGAGCAGGUCGUCGAGCUCAUGGACAAUGAAGAGCACCUGGGCAACCCCAAACUAACACAAGAAGACUUUCGUACACACCCGGCCGUCGUUGCCGUGCCCUUGGAAAUGGCCGCCGAGCUUGCAUACCGGCACGAGGGGGACGCGGACAAGGUCAAGCGAUACGCUCUGCGCUUGAUGAAUGCCUUGAAGCAGAAAGAUUUCUUGGCUGCCGAUAUUGAGAAGAUAGAAGCCUCUGCCGCGACGACCGAAGCCGAUUACCGAAAACCUUACUUACAGACCAAAGCCCUCACUACAUUGCACAACAACUUGAGCACUCUCAUUCCCAUCUGGAACGCACUCAGCACUGCACGCACAGUUUUGGACACCGAGAUGCCCAUGGCGGACGACGCAGAACGCAUGCAGCGGCAGUUACGCGAGGUUCUUCGGAAGGGCGAGGAUGCUAUGGAACUGCUAAGGCACAGAGAGAAUGCAGAAAUCGCGAGUGGGGAUCCUAAUAGCUAUGCGGGAUACGUGAAGAGAGCAAUCCAGGCUUGUGAGGAGGAUACAGAGGAGUCGGAGGAAUAG